CUGGAGUCGACCUAAUAGAGCCAACAGACUAAGAGAAAGAAGACUGCUGGGGCGCCACCUACGGCUUUUGCUGCCUCUCGCUACUCAACUCAACUCAACUCUUUCUUGUUCUCGCUCGCUUUCUUCCCCUCUCUCCAACUUUGGUGCAACCAUCUCCAUUAAUUUUGACCAACUUAGAUAUCACUCUCCCGUGCCCGCAGAAAUUUGGUCUUCCUUUCCUGUUCUCUAGACCUCAUUUCCUCCUCUCUUCCAUCCCUCUCCUCCCCUUCUUCGACUUCUCCCUCAUCCUCUCAUCCUUCGCAUUAUUCCCCUCCAAUAUCUACUGCCCGAGAAUCUCCGUUCAAACACAACCCCUCGUCCCUUCCCCCCUCCCCCUCUUAGAAAACCUGAACUGAACUGGAUUCGGUGUGCCGUCUAAUCUUGGUUCAAAAUGGCGGAAUUUGUGCGUGCCCAGAUUUUCGGCACGACUUUCGAGAUCACCAGCCGGUACUCCGACUUGCAGCCGGUUGGCAUGGGCGCAUUUGGUCUUGUCUGUUCGGCGCGGGAUCAAUUGACCGGGCAACCAGUUGCCGUCAAGAAAAUCAUGAAGCCGUUCAGCACACCGGUCCUGUCUAAGAGAACAUACCGCGAAUUGAAACUGUUGAAGCACUUGCGACACGAAAAUAUCAUCAGCCUGAGCGACAUCUUCAUCUCCCCGCUCGAGGAUAUUUAUUUCGUCACCGAGCUUCUGGGUACCGAUCUUCACCGAUUGUUAACUUCGCGGCCUCUGGAAAAGCAGUUCAUUCAAUACUUCCUUUACCAAAUUUUGCGGGGGUUGAAAUAUGUCCACUCGGCCGGUGUCGUCCACCGUGACCUCAAACCCAGCAAUAUCCUUAUCAAUGAGAACUGCGACUUGAAGAUUUGCGAUUUUGGUCUUGCCCGCAUCCAGGACCCUCAGAUGACCGGCUAUGUUUCAACCCGGUAUUAUCGCGCGCCGGAGAUUAUGCUCACUUGGCAGAAGUAUGAUGUGGAGGUGGACAUUUGGAGUGCAGCUUGUAUUUUUGCGGAGAUGCUGGAAGGGAAGCCUCUGUUCCCCGGAAAAGAUCACGUCAACCAAUUCUCGAUCAUCACGGAGCUGCUGGGAACUCCUCCCGAUGACGUGAUUCAGACAAUUUGCAGUGAGAAUACUCUGCGAUUCGUCAAGUCGCUGCCCAAGCGUGAGCGACAACCUCUGGCCACUAAGUUCAAGAACGCCGAUCCAGAUGCCGUCGAUCUCUUGGAGAAAAUGCUUGUAUUCGACCCGAAGAAGCGCAUCCGUGCUGGCGAGGCCCUUGCCCACGAAUACCUUGCCCCAUACCACGAUCCGACCGAUGAACCUGAGGCUGAGGAGAAGUUCGAUUGGUCCUUCAACGAUGCCGACCUGCCCGUGGAUACAUGGAAGAUCAUGAUGUACUCCGAAAUUCUGGAUUUCCACAACAUCGACCAGGGCAACGAUGCUGGCCAAGUGCUUGUCGAGGGGGCUGCGACCGGGCAACAAAGCUUUGCAUGAGGGGAGAUUCGUGCUUAAAAAUGACCCCUGACGAGGUGCAUGGAAUAUGAUAAUGAUGUCCUUUCCUUUUUAUUGUUCUCAUGGUAUGUAGACUGGAUGCGGGGAUUGUGAUAUGCACGUUCACGUACUUAUGUUCUGACCGCUACGUCGCUUGUUUUUUAUGCCCCUCAUUGUUUCUCAAUGAUCUCCAGGCUGUUAUAAGCCUGGAUAAUAUUGGAGAUUAGAAACGUCUGUAACAUGACCCAACCAUUUGAGUUUCCCAUUCUGCUAUAUAUACA